AUGAUUUCUGUCGACAAAGAAAAUACUCAUGAAAUGCUUGAGGAAUGUGAAGUCGAAACUCAAAUGACAGUAAAACGCAAAUCGUACCGACGUAGGAAGUCGGAUUCUAGAUCCGAAGAUCGCCGCUCUGAGCGCGUGUCUGGAAUAUUUAGGUCAACAGCCAAGCCAGCUGUUUAUCACGCAGUUGUCGUUAUCUUCCUCGAGUUCUUCGCUUGGGGCUUGCUCACAUUCCCUCUUUUAGAGGUCUUAAAAACCACAUUUGGUCCGCAUACAUUUUUGAUAAAUGGUCUGGUGCAAGGUAUCAAAGGUCUGCUAUCUUUCUUAUCCGCUCCUCUUCUCGGCGCGCUAAGUGAUGUGUGGGGAAGGCGUAUGUUUCUAGUUCUCACUGUCGUCUGUACAUGUAUCCCCAUUCCUUUGAUGUCAAUAUCUCCCUGGUGGUUCUUCGCACUUCUCUCCAUUUCGGGCGUUUUCGCGUGUACAUUUUCAAUCGUCUUCGCGUACGUCGCCGACAUCACCGACGAAGAAGAUCGAAGCUCUGCAUAUGGCCUCGUCUCUGCCACAUUUGCUGCUUCUCUCGUUAUUUCUCCUAUGGUCGGAACGAAGAUCAAAGAAACGUACGGACAAGAAGUGGUCGUCGCCAUGGCCAGUGGCAUCGCUCUCAUGGAUGUUAUCUUCAUUCUGCUCGCUGUGCCGGAAUCACUGCCAGAGAUUGUGCGCCCGGCGGGAUGGAAUCAGCCCAUAACUUGGGACCGCGUUGAUCCACUGAGCUCCCUUCGUCAGGCUAUUUCCGACUCGACCAACAUGAUUCUUUGCUUGUGCGUUUUCUUGACUUACAUCCCCGAUGCCGGACAGGUCUCCUGCCUUUUCCUCUACUUGAAACAAAUCAUUGGCUUCACGGAGGAGAAAGUCUCUUUAUUUAUUGCUAUUUGCGGGGUGAUGAGUAUUCUCUCGCAAACUGUGCUCCUCACAACGCUACAGCAGACGACGACAAAGCUAACUUCAAUCAUGAUUGGACUAGCCUUCCAAACCAUGAACCUGUUCCUCUUUGCUUUCGGCAAGUCGGACAUGGUUAUGUGGACCGCUGGAGCUUUCUACGCCAUUUCUACCAUCACCUUUCCCGCGAUUACCUCUCUCGUUUCGUCCAAUGCUGACGAUGACAAACAGGGAGUCGUACAAGGGAUGGUCACCGGAGUGCGCGGACUGUGCACUGGGUUGGGCCCUGCUAUCUUUGGAAUUAUUUUUACGUUGUUUGGAGUGGACGGCGUUCUCGACGAUGUCGAAAAAGUUCCCGUUGCGCCAGAGCCAAACUCAAGCGAUAUCAGCUCUGUAGGAGAUCUGCCUUAUGACAGUAUAAUGCCAGGCCCUCCAUUCCUCUUCGGAGGCUGCUCAGUGAUUCUCGCAAUUAUUAUCGCCGCCUUGAUUCCCAAAGAAAAGAAACGCGGUGAGCGAGGAGAACGAAGCCGCAGCGGCCCUACAGAAGAUGGCGACCCAGUGGAGAUCAGCUCAUUGCUCAAGCAAAAUGUUUAA